AUGCUUCGACUGGGAAUCGAACCCGUCAAAAAUGCUCUGAUCACAAGGCAGAGUUACGUACCACUUGACCAUGAAUGCCUACGUGAAAAUCAGUUUAUUUCUUUAAUUUAUAAAUGAUCAUUUUAAAAAAGCGAAAAAAUGAUUUUUCUUUGAAAUUUUGAGAAUUUAUACAACUGUUUUGUCUAGGGGCAUCGCCCCUAGUUGUAUUUCAAAUAAAAACAAUUAGUCAUAUGACUACUUGAUAAUUUCAAGAAAUAAUACAAACUGAUUGAGAAAAUAUGACUAGAAAGAGAUCCAAUAAAGAUUUUAAAAAAUAUGAAUGGAACUUUUCAUGAAACUCAUGUGAAAGUGGGCUUUCUGUACUCUGGUGUCAUUUAUUGAGCACUUUGUGAUAAGAAAAAGUUCACUAUCAAGUUUUCAUUCUACAGAACAUGUGGGUUUUUUCUGAAUUUUUGUAUUUAUUCAAGGUACAUUCUGUAGAAUUUACAACAUUUUCUUACAUUUAGUUGUUAGAUAACGCACAAAUUUAGUUUAUUAAAAAAAAACCUGGAAACAAGAAACCUCAAUGAGUCAUUUUAAAGAGAGUUUUUAAACUAAAAAAAACUCUCAAUUUCUCAAAUGGCUUUUUUUUAAAUUUUUAAAUGUGUUCUAUGAAGUUGCCGAAAAGGCAAAUAUUUAUAAUUAUUUGCAAAUGUUCACUGAAUUUAUGAAUGGGUUUUUAGAUUUGAGAAAAAUUCAUGUAGAAAUUCAUACAGAAAUUCAUCAAAUUUUAUUUAGACGUGUCCAAAUUGCCUCGUCUAAUUGUGGAUACUCUGAAAAAUCUGAAAUUAUUUUCAGUUUCUGCAAAACAUGAAUUAUUUUCUCUUCAUUUUUCUCUCCGUUUUCCUUCUCAACAAAAACAUCGAUCUGAAAACCAAUUCGAACCACAUUUUUCAUCUGUAAACCCCUUUUUCAAUACAAACAACACUCCACUUUUCCCGUCGCAUUUUGUUUAGCAGUGGGUCUCGAAGCGCGGCCCUUUCAGUUUUUUUACUAGUCAAUACUCGACAUAAGGUGUUUUUUAUUUAUUUUUUCGUCUUUUGUCUUUCAAACCGAGUUAUCUCAUCUCUCUCUCGCUCAAAAAGAAAUUGAAAAUAUUUGUUCUUUUCACAUGAUGACGUUGAACUUUUUUCUUAUCAUCAACAAGAAAAAGAGGCAUGCGGAGGGAGUUGUAAAUUUUUCGCUUAUCUUUGUGACGUUUUUUUGUUCGAUUAAAGUGAAAUUACCAUAUCCGUAAUAUUUUGCAGAAUGUCGACGGCAAACUUGCAAACAAUUUUCAAAGGAGUUGUUCGAUUUGUUGCACAACAGAUGGCAAAUCCACAAGGAAACACGCAAGUUGUUCAAAGUUUGGCUCCUGGAAAUAUUCAACAAAGACCGUUUUCGAAUCGAGCUGGACUUUUUAAGGUGAGAAUUUGAAAGAUUUUCUGGUGGAAAAUAUUAAACUUUGGGGGAGAAUAAUAUUUAUUUGUGAUAAAUGAUAAAUCAAUAUUAAAACAUUCACGAAUUAUUGCAAAAUAAGUUUUUUUCAAAGUUUUUUUUUCAUCUAUUUUUAAUUAAAACCUGGAAAUGCUAUCCUGAAAUAUAAAAAUUCAGGAUUCUAAUGAAUUUUUUUUUGAAAACUUUCAAAUAUUUUUUUUAGAAAUCUCUUACGAAAAAAAAAUAAAUUUUAUUUUAUUUUAAAAUAUUAAGAACGUUUGAGCAAACAUUUAAUGUGACUCCACGUAAUUUCAAAUGUCUCUUGAAUAAAAUAAUUUCUUGAUCUUCGAAUUUGAAAAAAUCAAAAAUUAUCUUUUUUCCAACAAACCAUGUGACCUGGUUUUUUGCAAAAAGUGUUCAUAACUGAUAAUUUUUUUAAAGAUCAAAAUAGAGUUUCUUGAAAAACUGUGAAACUCUCAAAAUGUUUUUGAAUGCAGUAAAUAAAAAAAAUGAAUUCAUGAAAAUCAGCAAGACUUAAAAAUUCCAAAUCAAUCAAUAAUUUUUGCAGCUCUUUGCCGUUUGCACCAGUUCACUCUACCUCGGAGGAAUGAUUGCUCACAAAGGUGCCUCAUUUUUAGAAGAGAAUGAGAUUUUCGUUCCAGCUGAAGAUGAUGAUGACGAUUAA